AUGCCUCACACGUUCUCACAGCAAUUCAACACCUCUGUCUUCAAGGGCAACGUGUCCUUCUCCACCGGUCUCUUCAUCGGUGGCAAGUUCGUCGACGGCUCCAGCAAUGGUCACAUCGAUGUAGUGAACCCGUCGACCGGCAAGGUCAUCACCAAGAUCUCCGAGGGCACCUCGAAGGACGUUGACCUCGCUGUUGACGCUGCCGAGAAGGCCUUCAAGACCACCUGGGGGCUCAACACCACCGGCCGUCACCGCGGUGUGCUCCUAAACCGCCUCGCCGACCUCCUCGAGAAGAACAUCGAGACCGUCGCCGCAAUCGAGACGCUCGACAACGGAAAGACGUAUUUCUGGGCCAAGGGUGAUGUAGAGGCUGUCAUCAACACCUUCCGGUACUAUGCCGGCUGGGCGGACAAGAACUAUGGCAGUACCAUCGACACCUCCGAGGACCAGCUCGUUUACACGCGCCAUGAGCCUAUUGGUGUCGUCGGCCAGAUCAUCCCCUGGAACUUCCCCCUGCUCAUGUUCUCGUGGAAGCUCGGCCCCGCUCUCGCGACAGGCAACACCAUCGUGAUCAAGCCGUCCGAGUUCACCCCGCUGUCCGCGCUCUACACCGCGCAGCUUAUCAACGAGGCGGGCUUCCCUCCAGGCGUGGUUAACAUCGUCAACGGGUAUGGCGGCAUUGUAGGCCAGGCCAUCGCAGAGCACAUGCGCAUCGAGAAGGUCGCCUUCACCGGCAGCACCCUCGUCGGUCGCAAGAUCAUGGAGGCCGCUGCGAAGACGAACCUGAAGAACGUCACCCUCGAGCUCGGCGGCAAGAGCCCGAACAUCAUCUUCGACGACGCCGACAUCCAAAAGGCUGUCAACUGGGCCGCGCACGGUAUCUUCUACAACCACGGCCAGACGUGUUGCGCGGGUUCGCGCAUCUUCGUGCACGAGAAGAUCUAUGAUGAGUUCCUGGAGAAGUUCACAGAGAAGAGCAAGGCGUUGCGCGUCGGCGACCCCUUCAACGACGAGUCGCACCAGGGUCCCCAGGUCUCGCAAGUGCAAUUCGACCGUAUCAUGGGGUACAUCGAGUCCGGUGUGCAGGACGGCGCGAAGAUCCACCACGGCGGCUCGCGUGUGGGUAGCGAGGGGUACUUCAUCGAGCCGACGAUCUUCACGGAGGUCAAGGCGGACAUGAAGAUCGUGCAGGAGGAGAUCUUCGGGCCCGUCGGUGUGCUUAUCAAGUUCAAGGACGACGACGAUAUUGUCGCCAUGGCGAACGACACCGUCUACGGCCUCGCUGCCGCUGUGUUCUCCCAGGACAUCAACCGCGCGCUCACGACUGCGCACAAGAUCAAGGCUGGUACCGUCUGGGUCAACAUCACGAACCACCUCCACCCCGCAAUUCCCUUCGGUGGGUACAAGCAGUCUGGUAUCGGACGCGAGCUCGGCGAGUAUGCGCUGGCGAACUACACUGCCGUCAAGUCGGUGCAGGUCAACUUCGCGAAUUAG